AUGUACCUCAGCGCUGUAAAUCACCGCAUUCCUCUAAGUGAUGGAAACAGCAUUCCGGUCAUUGGUCUUGGGACAUACUCAGAACCUAAACUGACCCCUAAGGGGACCUGUGCAAAGUCAGUGAAGACUGCCAUUGAUGUAGGGUACCGGCACAUUGAUGGGGCCUACAUCUACCAGAAUGAGCACGAAGUGGGCGAGGCCAUCAGGGAGAAGAUAAAAGAAGGAAAGGUGCGGAGAGAGGAUAUUUUCUACUGUGGAAAGCUGUGGGCUACAAAGCAUGACCCAGAGAUGGUCCGCCCAACUCUGGAGAAGACACUUAAUGUCCUCCAGCUAGAUUAUGUGGAUCUUUACAUCAUUGAAAUACCCAUGGCUUUCAAGCCAGGAGAUGAACCCUAUCCUAAAGAUGAGAAUGGCAAAUGGUUAUAUCACAAGUCAAAUCUAUGUGCCACUUGGGAGGCUUUGGAAGCUUGCAAAGAUGCUGGUUUGGUGAAAUCUCUUGGAGUAUCCAAUUUUAACCGCAGGCAGCUGGAACUCAUCUUGAACAAACCAGGACUCAAAUAUAAGCCAGUCAGCAACCAGGUUGAGUGCCAUCCAUAUUUCACCCAGCCAAAACUCUUGAAAUUUUGCCAACAACAUGAUAUUGUCAUUAUUGCAUACAGCCCUCUGGGUACCUCUAGGAAUCCAAGCUGGGUGAAUGUAUCCUCCCCACCUUUGCUAAAGGAUGAACUUCUAAACGCACUGGGAAAAAAGUACAAUAAGACAGCAGCUCAAGUUGUUUUACGUUUCAACAUCCAGAGAGGCGUGGUUGUUAUUCCUAAAAGCUUUAACCCUGAAAGGAUCAAAGAAAACUUUCAAAUCUUUGACUUUUCUCUCACUGAAGAAGAAAUGAAGGACAUUGAGGCCCUGAAUAAAAAUGUCCGCUUCGUGGAGAUGCUCAUGUGGUGUGAUCAUCCUGAAUACCCAUUUCAUGAUGAAUACUGACUUCAGAAUGCUCCUGAACUGAUUUUUCCCUCCCAUGAAUGUCAGAGCCUUGGGCCGGGUAGUUCCCCCAGAUGAAGAAAUUUUAAAAGUUUUACUAUCUUUAGAUAAAGUGGUGAUGUUAACAUGCUUGAGUUUUGUGCAGAGUAAAUGACUUGGCUUAGGUAUAUGAAGAAAAAAAUAUGUUUAAGUCUGUUGAAAUAAUUAUUUGGAAAUUAUAAGCUAAUAUUUUAUUAGAUCAAGGUCUU